UUGUCCGAAAGGUGUUGCCGUAUCUCGUUGCUGCGGCCUGUAUAUCCGCAAAAGAAACUACCGACACGCAUUUCAUUGUAAAAAUGCACCCGUGAAAAUCUCAUUCCCUCUUCGUAAUUACAACUGAACGCACUGAAGCCUCGAUGCGGAGGGCGGCAGGUGACGAGGAUGAUUUCUUCGCAGGAAAAGAGGACUGUUUUCGAGAAGAUCGGAGUUGGCUCGACCAGAGCAGGCAUCCGUGAAGAUGUUGGUCCUGGACAGCAGGAGCCAGAGUCCUCCCACUUUAAGGAGGAAGUGGAGGAUGAAGAGCGCCCCUGCAUUCAAGAAAAGGAGGAGCCAGAGCCCCCUAUCAUUAAAAAAGAGGACGGAGGGCACACUCAUAUCAAAGAGGAGGAGGAGGGGUAUAUCUGCAACUUGUCAUCAACUGAUGUCUCUUUAAAAAGUGAAGACGAAGGCCAAAGUGAAGCGGGGCCUCCACGCAGCAGCUCAUAUCAACACAUAUCAGAAGGUGAUGGAGACCACUGUGUAGUGUCACAAGUGGACAGCCUCUUAGAUGUCAGUGAAGAUGUUUGUCCUGAGCUGCGGGAGUCAGUGUCCCCCCACAUUAAAGAGGAAUUGGAGGAUGAAGUGGACCCCUGCUUUCAAGAAAAGGAGGAGCCCGAGCCUCUUAUUAAUCAAAAGGAAGAAGAAGAGCAUCGUCACAUCAAAGAGGAGGAGGAAAAGCAUGUCCAUAACAAGGAGGAUGAAAAAAGGUCUCCCUACAUCAAAGAGGAGAAAGAAGAGCAGAAUAUCUCUCAGCUGCCAUUGACUGAUGGGCCUUUAAAACGUGAAAAUGAGGGUCAAAGUGAAGCGAGCAAAGAGGUGGGGCCUCCAGGCAAUAGCUCGUGUCCAUACAUGACAUCAGAAGGUGAUGGAGGAUCACAAGCAUGUGAAACUGACAAAGGCUGGAAAUGUUCUCAAUGUGGGAAAACUUGUGUUUCAGUGAGCAGUUUGAAGAGGCAUAUGAUUUGCCACACUGGCGAGGAACCCUUUGCCUGCCUUGUUUGUGACCAAAGAUUCUCUCAAAUGGGUCACUUAAAACGUCAUAGACAUUUUGUCUGCUCAGUUUGUGGUCUAACAUUCUUUCGGAAGAUGGAGCUAAGAAGGCACACAAGUGCACACACUGGUGAGAAACCUUUUGCUUGUUCAAUCUGUGGUCGACGAUAUUCCUUGAAGGGAUAUUUGACAGCACACCUAAAGACGCACACUGGUGAGAAAUCUUUUGGCUGCUCACUUUGUGACAAAAGAUUCUCUUUGAAGGGAACCUUAAGAAAGCACAUCAGAACCCACACUGGUGAGAAACCCUUUGCCUGUUCAAUUUGUCGACAAAUAUUCUCUGAGAAGGGGUCCUUAAAAACACACACAAGAACCCACACUCGUGAGAAACCUUUUCCCUGCUCAAUAUGUGGACAAAUAUUCUCUCAGAAGGGAAUCUUAAAUGUCCACAUCAGAACACACACUGGUGAGAAACCCUUUGUCUGCUCAGUUUGUGGCCAGAGAUUCUGUCAGAAGGGACCGUUAUCAAACCACAUAAAAACCCAUACUGGUGAUCAACCUAUUUUCUGCUCAGUCUGUGGUCAAAGAUUCUCACGUAAGGAAAGCUUAAGAAUUCACACAAGAACCCACACUGGUGAGAAGCCUUUUGCUUGCUCAUUCUGUGAUAAAAGAUUCUCUCAGAAAGGAACCUUAACAAAGCACAUCAGAACACACACUGGUGAGAAACCCUUUGCCUGCUCAGUUUGUGGUCAAAGAUUUACUCAGAAGGGAGCCUUAAAAGGUCACACAAGAACCCACACUGGUGAAAAGCCUUUUGCUUGCUCAGUUUGUGGUCAAAGAUUCUCACAUAAGGAAAACUUAAUAAUUCACACAAAAACACACACUGGUGAGCAACUUUUUGCCUGCUCGGUCUGUGGUAAAAGAUUCUCUCGCCAGGGGAGCUUAAAAAGACACACAAGUACCCACAUGGGGGAGAAACCUUUUGCUUGCUCAGUCUGUGGUAAAAGAUUCUCUCAGAAGGGAAUCUUAUUAAAUCAUAUCAGAACACACACUGGUGAGAAACCCUUUGCCUGCUCAAAUUGUUGCCGACGCUUUUCAUGGAAAUAUCAGGUGAAGAACCAUGAGUGUGUUGCAAUGCACCAACACACUCAUCAAUGAAGCUUUGGUUUCUCAUCUGAUUAGGCUUCACUUCAUGCUCCAAGGAUGACUGAAUUCUAUGCAGCAUCUUGCAAGGUUCCUCAAUGAAAGAAAUGUUUGUGUUUGUUGUGUUGAAAAUAUUGUGAGUUGUAAAUUUGUAGAGAUUUUUUUAAAUUUUAAUUUUGAAAUUUGGCUAUGAAAUUUAGUUGUACUUUAGUUAGUGUGUUUGAUCAUAUUUAGACCCUAAAAUACAUUUUAAUUCAUUUAUUUAUUCAUUUUUAAAUUUGAUGUCAUAGUGUUGUGGAUGAAUUGAUAGUGAAGGGAUUUUCAUGAAUAUGCUUUCAUAUUACUUUUUCACAGUUUUUCAUGUAUUCACAACACGCUUGCUUUUGUGUCACGGCUGCCUCAUAUAAUCAUAGUUGAGGUAAUACAGUAGUUGAAAAUGUAUGACUGCAAAUAAUACUCUGUUUCUGAGUCUCAGCAAGUAUCUGUUUGUGGUGAGUGUACAUGAGGAAGUGAGAGAGAAAAGACAUAUCCAAGUUCUUCUGUAGUUCUCUAUUGCAACCCAGGCUGGCAGGUGUACCCCAACGGCUUGAAGAAAAUCUGACAUUUGUUUUGACACGAGUCGAAGGCCAUUAUCGGAAACAAUUUGGACAGGUGCACCAAAUCUACUCAAGAUUUCACCUCAAAAUUAAUAUGAAUACAACACCAAGGCUCCUGAGGAAAAUCCCAUAGUUUAAGUGGUGCGGCUCCAGGAUUGUUGCAAGUUUGAGGACAUGAUGGACAACUCAUUUCCAUAUGUUCGACCUCUUUGUUUUGCCGUAGCCACCCAAAGGAACUUCUUACUAUCUCUUUAUUUUCACGAUUCCACUGUGUCCUGCAUGAAGGUGCUCUAGCAUUUUACUGUGCCCUUACAGUGGAAUGAUGAUCCUCCUUCCACACAGCAGACACCCGGACUGGACGGUAAGCUUCCACCUUCUAUCGUGGUAAAGUUUUAGGUUAGAGUUAUCAUCUACUGACCGCCCAUUCAUGACCGCAUCUAUCACUGCGGUAAAGCAUGUUCAGCAUGUGGAGCCUUUUUCACUCUGGAUCCAGUUAUUGGCGCUCUAAUGUCCCUGGAGUGAAACAUUUCUACUGUGUUCAAUUCAGCUUUUGAGAGUUUAGAGUGGGAACCUUGAAAGUCCAUCUGCGCAUCAAUGAGCAUUUGAUUUGCGAUGCUUGAUGUCGUAGGAGUGAGCUGACAACAGUAAAGCCCACCGCUGAAAGACGGGGAGCUGCAAGAGAUGGUAGUCCAAAACCUUCUCCUCUGCGCUCACCGACUUUGACUUGAAUUUAUUUGCACUGACAGAAAUGUUCGCUUUGUGUUCACAUACAAGGGUCGUGGUUCGCGCUGGAGCCGAUCCCGGCUGUCUGUGGGCAGUAUGCGGGGCACACCCUCAACUGGUUGACAAUCAAUCGCAGGCCAUUCACAGCCGAACAAUCACACUGAGGGACAAUUGAGACGCAGGGGUGUCAAACUCAUUUUUGUCGCGGGCUAUUUUGGAGUUUUGUCUUCCUCUGGAAGGCCGUUACACAGCGAAGAUGAAUAAAUUAUAAUUUUAAAAAAAAUUACUUGUAAACAGCAAAUUGAUGGAUCACUUGUUUUGAAAUCAGUCAAAUAUUUUUUGCUGAAUUUUUAUACAAGUGAGUGUAAAUAGUCACAAAAUUACUGCAGAAGCUCAACGUUAUCUAGUACACGUGACAGCGUGUGUGUUCCAAUUAAACUGCCAUGCAUGUUUUUGGAAUGUGGGAGGAAAACGUACCCACGAGGGUGAGAACAAGCCAACUUCACACAGUAAGGCCAAAACCAGACUUCUGGACCUCUGCACUGAGGAAGAGAGCCGAGCCAGUGGACCGCCGUGGCACCCCCAAUAGUUUUUUAGAUCAGAACAUGACUGACUGCAAUAGACUGCGGAGAAAAAAAUGCUGAAAACUGCAUUUAUGACCCGGAAUAAAAUGGAGUUUUUUCAGUUUCGAAUAAAAUGUGUUAUGUAACUAUGCAUUUACUUUUAGCUUCAUAUUUUUGAAUUUUCCUCUGCUUGCACACUGGCAGAUCGCCACUGCAAAAGAAAAUAUCUGAAUGGCUUUCCAGCAAAAAUAAGAGCCACUUGAACACUGCACA